GUGAAUGAAGCGAGGAGGAGGAGGAGGAGGAGGAGAAGGCGGCGCUGGGACUGGGAUGUGCCCGGCAGCAGCCGCCGCCGCCGCUCCACUAUGCGCCUAUGCUCUGGGCCCAAGUCGGCUGGAGACUCCACCGGGCGCUUCAGCAAGGAGUCAGUGAGUGAGUCAGUGAGUGAGUGAGUGAAGAAGGCCAGCGCUGGGCACCAGGACAAGAGUGUUUGGAUCAACAAUUGCAACAUAGAAAAGUAACCCAAGCAGUGAAUUUCUUCCUGAUUCUUCUAAGAUAGCAACCACCAGUUUUAAUCUUCACCUUUGAAAAGCGGUACAUAAAUAAGGUUAGAAGAGCAGAUGUUGCAGAUAUAUUUGAAAACCAGGUAGAAAAUUUCAGGCUGACAUGAGAGCACCGCUGAGGGUCUGUGAGCAAUCCAGUAACACCCGCAAAUUCUUCAAGGUGAAGGAUAAUCUGGGACUUCCGACAGAAGACAGUGAAUGUUAGCAGCUUGCGGAGGAUUGUGCUUACAGGGAAAUGAUUCCUCAUGAAGUUUUUGGAUCCCCCUCAGAAAUCAAAUGUGACUUUCUGCUUAGCAGACUGAAAUCAGAACCAGCCAGGCAGUGAAGCCACGGAAGUGGAGGGCAGGGGACAGUGAAAAAUGAAAUCCAACCAGGAGAGAAGCAAUGAAUGUCUGCCGCCUAAGAAGCGAGAAAUCCCCACCACGAGCCUGCCUUCUGAAGUGAAGCCAUUAGCCCUGGCCACUGAAAACCACCGUGCAGAUAAUUUAACAUGGCUCUCAAGCACAACCAGCAGCCAGAGCGGUGUGAGUGGACGGAACAGGCCUGGAGGGAUUUCUGUGGAGGCUGGUUCACAGCAGGGAAUAGGUUUACACAAAUCACUGUCUACGGGAAUAGAUUAUUCCCCACCUAGUGCUCCUAGAUCUGUUCCAGCCACCACAACACUUCCCACAGUGUACCCACCUGUGCUCACACAGGCAGGGACGCCUGUAUCCCCAGUGCAGUACACACACUUGCAACACACUUUCCAGUUUGUUGGGCCCCCAUACAGUGGACCAUAUGCCGGAUUCAUCCCUUCCCCACUGAUUUCCCCUACAGCCAAUUCUGCAACUGGCGCAGCAGCCUCUGCCAGUGCUGUUGCAACCACUCCAUCCCAGCGUUCCCAGCUGGAGGCUUAUUCCACUUUGUUGGCCAGCAUGAGCCAGCAAGGGCACAAAGUUGAGCAGCUAGUAAGGACACCUGGAUUGAUCACAGCAGGAUCUCCUCCACCUGCCCAGCAAAACCAAUAUGUCCACAUUUCCAGCUCUCCUCAAAGUGCCGUCAGAAAUGUUUCUCCUCCAGCCAUCCCAGUCCAUUUGCAUCCCCACCAGACAGUGAUUCCUCACACAUUCACCCUCGGUCCCUCCUCCCAGGUGGUGGUGCAAUAUGCAGAUUCUGGAGGCCAUUUUGUUACUAGGGAGUCCACCAAGAAGUCUGAAAGCAGCAGGCUGCAGGCUAUGCAAGCAAAAGAAAUGCUGAAUGGGGAAAUAGAGAAGAACCGGCGAUAUGGCAUCUUGCCGUCCUCAGACGUGAGUCUAGUCAAAUCAGGCAAUAAACCAUCUCCUCAUCAUUAUGAGGCCAGACAUGUGGUGGUCCACUCGGGUCCUGCUGAUUAUGUUGCACGGGAUUCCUCCAGUGUCCGGUCCUCUGUUAUGGUCAUCCCCAACAACAGCACCCCUACUACAGAUAUGGAGGUCCAGCAGGCCACCAACAGAGAAACACCUCCUUCCGCUCUCAACGAAAAGGGAAGUUUGCAUUUAGGAAAACCAGCCCACCGAUCCUAUGCUUUAUCUCCACAACAGACUAUGGGCCAUGAAGGGGUGAAAGCGGUUGCCACUCUCUCCCCGCACACCGUCAUCCAGACUACCCACAGCGCCUCGGAGCAGCUACCUGUCGGCUUGCCUACUGCAGCAUUCUACACUGGGACUCAGCCACCAGUAAUUGGCUAUCUGAGCAGUCAACAGCAAGCGUUUGGCUACCCUGGAAAUCUGCCACAGCAUCUGGUGAUCCCCGGUACCCAGCCCCUUUUAAUACCAGUCGGCAAUGCGGACAUCGACUCAUCAGGGGUACCGCCUGCUAUAGCCACUUCGUCUCCCCAGUUGGCAGCAGUGCCUCAUACAUUUGUCACAACCGCCAUUCCGAAAAACGAGAAUUUCAGUGCUGAGCCUCUAGCAAGUCAGCCAGCAUACCAGGCAGCUGUGGUGCAGGCUCAGAUCCACCUGCCCCUGGUCCAGUCCAUACCUUCUUCAGCAGCCGCCCCUCCUACACUGCCUCCUUACUUCAUGAAAGGGUCAAUUAUUCAGUUGGCCAAUGGAGAGCUGAAGAAGGUAGAAGAUUUAAAAACAGAAGACUUUAUACAAAGUGCAGAAAUUAGUGGUGACCUGAAAAUAGAUUCCAGCACUGUAGAAAGGAUCGAUGACAGCCACAAUCCAGGCAUUGCCAUGAUACAAUUUGCAGUUGGAGAGCACCGAGCACAGGUCAGUGUUGAAGUCUUGGUAGAAUAUCCCUUUUUUGUAUUUGGACAAGGUUGGUCAUCCUGCUGCCCAGAGAGAACAAGCCAGCUCUUUGAUUUGUCAUGUUCCAAACUCUCAGUUGGGGAUGUCUGCGUAUCACUUACGCUCAAGAAUCUGAAGAACGGCUCAGUUAAAAAGGGCCAGCCCAUGGAUUCAGCUAGCCUCUUGCUGAAGCACUCUAAGAAUGAUAGUCUAACUGGUGGUAGACAUAGGUAUGGAGAGCAGGAAAAUGGGAUUGAUCAGGGAAGCGCAAAGAUGUCAUCUGAGAAUGGUGAACUGAAGUUUCCAGACAAAAUAGGAUUGCCUGCAGCAUCUCUGAUCACCAAAACAGAACCCAGCAAGCCCAUGGCAACUAGGAAGAGGAGGUGGUCAGCCCCUGAGACACGGAAACUAGAGAAGUCUGAAGAGGAGCCACCGUUGACUCUUCCCAAACCUUCUUUUAUCCCUCAGGAGGUUAAGAUUUGCAUUGAAGGGCGAUCUAACGUAGGCAAGUGAAGUCUGUUUAGGGAAUGGAAAUUUAGGCUAUCCCUUUGUCAUUUUUAUCCAGAUUACUGUACUGUAGGCUAAAAAUAACCCAGUAUUUACAUGUUAUCAUCUUAUUUUAGGUUUAUGUUAAUAACCUUAUUGUUAUAGUUGCAGCUGAAUAUUAUGCAGGAGAUUGGUGCAUACUCCCCCCCCCAAGUGUUUGUUGGUGAUUAUUUUUAUCGAGAGUUAUAGAAAAGGGGCAGUAUCUGCUUAAAAGCCACCCUUUGUGGAAGCAAAUGUUGUUGACAUGGCACCAGUUUUCCAGCACAUCAAGCAGGACACGCCUAGGCAAUGAGGAGUGAACUGUAGCAGAGACAUACACUAUUGUUGGAUUCUGGUUGGGGGGCAUGGGUUUGGUGGUUCUCUCAGCAAGAAGCUGCUGGGAGUCCAACCCAGAAACAGUAACAGUGAAUCAAGAAGACUCUGGGGCUUUGCACAAUAGUACCACCUUUUUAUUUUCCAAAAUUUGCCACAAAUUAUUCCACUUCCCCACCCCCUUCCUCACAGUGGGGACUGAUGCACUAUUUUUGUUGUUAUUAUUAUUAUUACUCAGACUGCCACACAGAGAUUUCCUUUCAGCUUGUUAGAGUAGUGACGUAGCAAAGGUGUAGCAUCUGACUCUUGCUUUGUUGACACUGGGAAUGUUAUUAAAGUAGGAAAUGGUUGGUAUAGUCCUCCAGGGGUAACUUCAGAUUGUGGGGACCUUUUCCGUCCUUACUAGCAUUCAACAUUAGAGAUUCACUGAGUUUUGCCAGUGACAUUUGCUUCCACGAGGUAGAAACACACUGCCCCUUUGGGAGAGCAAACAAAAGUUGUUUGCGUUUAGAUUGCAAAUCUUUGUCUUUAACUCUAGUACUGUUUUUAGUUCCUGGUCUUGGACAAUUAGUGCCACUUUCCUUUUUUUCCCUCCAAAUUUCAGUGUGACACAAAGAAGUGGAUGUCGAAGAUGAACAUAGAAUGUCUUUAAGCACUUAAAAUGCUGUUCACACUUUUGUUGCCGAGCAUCCUGGCCUAACACUCAGCAAGUACUGUAUCUCACUUUAAUCUCUUUGAUGAGAGAGGAAAGAAAAAAGAAAACCGAUCUCUUCAACACUGUUAACUACAUGCAAACUAUGUAGAGUUUUUCACAAGCAAGAUGUUGAAAGUUUUUCAUAUGGUUUCAAAGGGAUGAAUGUGAAUUAUGAACUAGUAUGUGACAGUCAUUGUCCACAAGGACUACUUUAUAGGAGGCACUUUUUAAACUUUAAAGCUUGAGAAAGAGUUAAAGACAUACGCGAGCUGACAGAUAACUAAAGAAUAAGAGAGGAUAAAGGAAAGAGAAGAAAAAAAUUCAUUAUUUGUCCAGUGUUUUUUGAAAAAGAUGGACUUUAAAGAAUCUUGCAAUUUGCACAUCUUGAGUUUAUCAUUUGUGUGGUAUUCCUGCAGUUUUUAUCUAAUAAUUUUGGGGGAAGGGAAGGGGACUGAAAAAGCUUAAACAAAUGUAGCAAUUUCUUACUAACCCUGCCUAAACUUUAGGCCAUUUUUUAUAGGGUUAGGUUUCCUUUCAAUCUUUUUUUAAAAUUUUCUUUCUACCAUAUCUGUCACCCUGAAUCAAGACAGAUUCUGAGAAUUUCUCUUCAAGAUUCACUGAGUUUUCCAUAAGAGACAUUUUGACACAGAAGCAAGUUCUGGGAUUUUUAAAAAAUCCAUUGUUAUUUUAUUAUUGUGAAUAUUACUCUUUGUUCCUUUGAAUAAUUUCUUAUCCAUCAGUAGUACAAUCUAUAUGUCAGACUGGUACAAAACAGGACAAUGGGUAGAAUAUUUACCCAGUUGAGCUUUUGAUAUUGUUGCAUUGCUGAUAUAGUUCCAUUCCCAGAAAUCUGAAACAAAUUUAAAAAUGGAUCCAGAGAUCCUAACUCCUGCUGAUUCUGUGGCUUCCAUCUUGCAACCUUUCCCAAUGAGUAGCUAUUUGAAAUUCCUUAAGAUUACUCAUAGCCGAAUGCUUUAAUGAUACCAGCCUGUGAAAAAUUCACAAUAAAUAUUCAGCCUGGUUAAAACCCACUUAAAAGAAAUUACUCCAAUAAUUUCUGGGACUUUUAGAUUGGGAGCUCCUGAUGAAAUAAUAUGGGCAUUUUCACACUUGAGGCUUAAAUUGCAUUCUUGAAUUGAUGUGUAACAGGAAUUUAACAUCUUUGUUGAUGUAUUCUGUCCCACAUUAACAAAGUUCACACAUGGUACAAAUACUGAGAGAUGCUUGGGCAUGCUUUUUAGUGUCUCGUGUGAAAAUGGUGUAAGGCAUGUACAACAGCAAUGCUUGAUACCCCUUAUUGGGGUGGGUGGGCAAAAAUUCUCUCCCCCCCCCACUUUUGCAGUAUCUUGAGUACGAUCCAAAGGCGGGGCAAGUAAGACAGAGAGCAAGAGGUAUAGCCCUCGUAGGUAGUGGCUGCCUGACUUGCUUUCUUGUCCAUGACCAUUCUGCUUGCCAUAGCGUAGCCACUUUCUACAAAGUGGCUUUGUCCAGGGAAUGGACAUGUUGACGCACUCCUGCUUCUCGAGUCAAGGACAAGCUGCUAUUGUGAAAGAAAGUCCCAUUUCAACCAAUGUUCAGCCAGGAGAUUUCACAGGAGUUCAUAGUUCUUGAUCAGUAGUUUGACUCUGAAUGUGCUUCUGCAGGUCACUUUGUGACUCUGCAAAUAUGAUGCCCUUUCAGAUUAAGAAAUGCAAAAUUUAAAAUCCAAAUAGGACUCUAAACGAACAGAUUCCUCCAAAAGUUGAUUUUUCUCUCCACUUGCCUAACUACAGUAUUUUUUAAGAAAAAGAAAAUGAACUCUCACCUGCCCCUAAACCUUUUAUUGUCUCUUUGUUUGUUACUUGAACUUAGCUCACACCAGAACUAAUCAUUUUUGUACCAUUUUCUGGGGUGCACCAAAAAUGUUUUUUAAGUUUUAAAAAUAGCUUGAAAUCUGUCUUGAAUUUUUAUUAUAACCUCUCAGUAAAUUACCAAAUAGCUGGGCAGGUUCCUCCACACAAUCACAUUGCUUAUUUAGUGCUGUAAGGUUUUGUUUUGUUUUCCCCUCAACAUUUCUGCUCAGAGAACUUGCUUAAUCUUCCAUAAACUCUGCUCAGGGCACUUUCAAUGUAUUGUUUAUUGGAGUUUUAUUUUGGCUUUUUUCAUUUUAACCUUUCAUGGCAAGAGGAAUAGAAAGACAUGGGACAGAAAUACCUGUUUUGUUCCCAUUAAUACCACUAUACUUACUAUACAUGCGCAUACUCAGAGAGCAUCACACAGGGAUUAUUAAACUGACCACAUCUAUAAAACUAACACUAACAAGUUAAUAAUAAUAAUUAAUAUUAAUAAUAAUAAAGGUUGGAGCAAUAGGAAUGUAUUUGUUCUCUGCUUGCAUUGCAGACUUAGAAUCCUGAAAUCGUGGCUUCUUUCCAAGCAUUAUUCCCUUGUGUUGUGCUGUUGCUUUUUUUUUUUUUUAGCAUGUGCAAUAUUUUAUGUGCCAAUUUAGAGUUGCCCAUGUGGUGAUAGCUAGACUUUUGCUCCCCCCCCCCCUCCACAUACCUUUUUCAUUACAUCUAGGGCCUUGUAUCUCUCACUUGGUCAAUGGAAGGGAAAAGACCCCUCUGGAUGCUAACAUGGCAAAGGUAUGAUAGAGGUCCUUUGGUACCCAACAACAACCAAAUCCAGAGUGCAGAAGAAAUAUUAUUUAUGUUCCUCUCUCAGAGGAUUUUAAGAAUGGACCAGAUGUCUAGGGGGAAGGGGAUUCCGUGACUAUGAGUAGCCUAAAAAUCAGUUGUGUGCACUAUUGUACGAGUACAGGCUGGCCUCUCCAGCAUUAGAAGCAUCAAAUUGGGUUUUAUCUCAGUGUAAAAGAGCAAGAGUCC